AUGAUCCCCACCGAGACGCCUACCACCUCCCCCACCCCCGCCCCGAGCCCCAGCCCAGCGACACCCAUGACGCCUCCAGCCACUUCUCCCCUCCCGCCUCUGUUUACAUUCAAGCGCUGGGGAUCUUCGUCGCGCAAGUCCAAGCGCGCCAGGUCGGAGGACGUCGAUCCGUUUUCUGGCACUGCUGGGGGUGAAGACGAUGUCUUGCGGCGCUCGGUUUCAAUUGAUGAUGGGAUGGAGGUGGAGGAUGAUGGGCUCUGGGAAGAUGAUGGGCUGAGGAAGAAGGGCAGGAGGCUGUCAAUACCAGCGGCAAGGCCUCUGGUUCGGGCGCGUUCAAGCAAAGCCAAGUUGAAGAAGGUGGAGAGUCUCAGCAGCUCUUCAUCCACUUCCCUUGAGCUUGCACGUACUAUAUCGCCUGAUAGCCCCGAGCCUGCUGCUAAGCGCGCCAGACAGAGGUCGUCCUCCACGUCGUCGACGUCAUCUAUGCCGGGUCUGACUGGAGUGUUGUUUGAAGGGAAGACGCCUUCGUCGCCUAGUACGAGUCCGGAAGCUCCUGUGGAUGCGACAAUGCCUCUGCCUGCUCGGCCUCCGACGAGACCGCCUCAGAUAUUCUCAUACAUCCCUUCACCGCUGGCUACCGCCCCCGUCAUGUCCCCCACCCUCUCCCCACCUACCCCAUCUUCCCCCGCUCCCCCCCAGCUCGACCUCCCCCUCUCUGUCCCGCUCCCCCUACCUGUGUCUCCUCGAGAAGAUGCGGAAGUCAUCGUCGCCACUGCGCAGGUGACGAAGUCGAAAGCUUUUUGGAGGGAUGUAGAGGAUUUAGGGGCGGAGCUUGGGAAUGUGCUCAAACUUGGCUUUGGGAGGGGUAUGAACAGGGGCGCGGGGGGACAGAGGAAGCCUAGUAGGCUUAGGAGCAGUCUUAUUGUGGACGAGGAGGCGGCAAGGGAGGAGGAGAGGAGGGAGAGGUAUGGGAGGAUGGAUACGGAAUAG